CGGUCCGACAACCCACAACCCUUUCCCCCAACCCCCUCAUUCCUUCUUCAUCAAUUUCCUCCAAAAAUUCCUAGUUUCAUCUUUCUCUCUCCUAGCUUAAUCAUGGUUAUCAAUGGCUUCUCCAUCUCAAUUUCCUUAAAUUUUCUCACAAAAACCCUAAUUUAUCAAAUGAAGACUUUAAUUUCACCUUGAAAUUUCUCUCUCCUCCUUCCACGGGAAGAGGGCCCUUGCGGAAGCUUUGCCUGCCCCGACUUCUUUCGCGAGAAACCUCCAACUGUGCAAACUCUAAUUAUUGUUCUCAACCUUCUUUGAACACGAAGUUGUAUUUCGAGAAUUCGUGGUCGAGUUAAUGUUUCUAGGUGUAGAUAUUUUCGUGGUGGGCUGGCGAUGGGAGUGAGGCGGUUUCUUGGGGGUGGUUGACGACGGGUUUAGGCUAGCUGGUAGUAGGUUGUGGCUGGGGUGGUUUUUGUGGUUGGCUUGGAUGGGAGCUAUGAUUAUGGUGGCUUAGUCGAUGGUGGGGCUGCUGCUAUGGGAGGGGGAAAGGGAGUGGGUGGCUGGCUGGUGGUGGAGAUGGUGGUUUGUGUUUUUUUUUUUUAAUUUAAUAAACUAAUUUUAUUAUUAAAUAGUUAGAGAUUAAUUAGAAGUAAUUAGUGGUUAAUCAGGUGAAUUAGAGGUAUCAUGUUGUCUUCAACAAAAAUUAGAUGUGUUUGGGUUUUCUUUUACAAAAAAGCUUUUAAAAGGUUUUUUUUUUUUUCGCAAAAUAGUGCAUUUAAAAGAUUUUUUAUUUUUUUGACAAAUUUGCCUUUGUUUAUUUCUAACGGUGAUGUAUUAGGACUUUCUCCUCCUUUCCGUAUUUAUAUUAACCAACCCAUGUACUAAUCCUUGUGUUCACAAUGUAUGUGUCCUAAAAUUCAAUGAAAUGAACAAACCUAUUUACCCGUCCAAGUUCCAUUUGCUGACUUUAUUACUUACCAAAGUGGUGGCCCAUAAUCAUUGGUCCUACAGCAGCCCCAUUUCUCAAUCCAUAGAUUAGAUUCCUGUAAAACGGCAAACACAAUCAGAAGCAACUCAUUCUCAACAAAUUUUAUUUUCAGAUUCAAAAGCAGUAAAAAUUAAAUUAUGGCAUGGAAUUCAUUUCCGUUAGAAAUUAUAUACCAGAUAUUUGGAUGGAUUGCUUUCUUCUCUUGGUCUAUCAGUUUCUACCCUCAAGUUAUUCUCAAUUACCGCCGUAAAAGUGUGGUGGGCUUGAACUUUGAUUUCGUGGUGCUGAAUCUGACAAAGCAUAGCACGUAUCUUACUUACAAUGCUACCCUUUACUUCAGCUCGGUUGUUCAGAAUCAAUACCGCGACAAGUAUGGCCGUGACGAGAUGAUUCCUGUGGCUGCGAAUGAUGUUGCAUUCUCCAUACAUGCUGUUUUAUUGACAGCAUUUACGUUGUUCCAAAUCUUUAUCUAUGAGCGUGGAAUUCAGAAAGUCUCAAAGAUCUCAUUUGCGCUGGUUAUUGCUGCAUGGGGUACUGCUGCUGUCUGUGUAUUUAUUGCUUUACCAAGCCAUUCUUGGCUUUGGCUGAUCACUGUCUUCAACACUAUUCAGGUUACCAUGACUGUCAUUAAAUAUAUUCCCCAGGCAUUUAUGAACUUCUAUAGGAAAAGCACGGAAGGAUUUAGUAUAGGAAAUAUUUUACUUGAUUUUCUUGGAGGGGUGACGAACUACGGACAAAUGGCUACCCAGUCUAUUGAUCAAGGUUCUUGGGUGAAUUUCUAUGGAAAUAUUGGGAAGACACUGCUGUCUCUUGUGUCUAUCUUCUUUGAUCUCCUGUUUAUGGUGCAGCACUACGUGCUGUAUCGCAAUAAGCCAAUCCAUCAUUCUUCUAAGUUGGAUGAGGGAAACGACGAGGCACUUUUGAAAAGCUCAGAUCUAGCAACGUCUGACCUUCCCUAAAGCAAGAACUAGGAUAUUCCACCGCAUCGAUGUAACCUUGAGUAUGUUAAACAUGAUGGGUCUAAAUCGAACGAGAUCUCUAUAUAAAAUGAUUACCUAAAUGCUCUCCUAUCUGUAAAAUACCUCAUUCAAGGAACUCCCCACACCAAGGUAUUUUUUAUUCAAAAAUUGUAGAACAUCUAAGUAAAAUUGUACAUAUUGUAAUUAUCUUUUCAAUUUGAUAGUGCAAAAUGUUGGUAUCCAGCAUUCUAGUUUUAAUACAAUAUACGAAGUACACAUGUUUGGAAGAAAUUGCAUGGGUUUUUCAAUUGUAAGAAACAGGCAACACAUUUUAUUAUUUUCUUUUACAA